AUGGCGUUCGGUUCGGUACUGCAGCACAAUCAGCACAAUAUCGGUCGCGGCGAGCCACCGUCCGGACUGGGCGAUCCGUGCGCCGGCUGCAACAAGCCGAUCCUGGACAAGUUCCUGCUGAACGUGCUGGAGCGGGGCUGGCAUGCGGCGUGCGUCCGGUGCUGCGAGUGUCACCAACCGCUGGCGGACAAAUGCUUCAGCCGGGAGUCGAAGCUGUACUGCCGGAACGACUUCUUCAGGCGCUACGGUACGAAGUGCAGCGGGUGCGGGCAGGGCAUUGCGCCAUCGGAUCUGGUGCGGAAGCCGCGCGACAAGGUGUUCCACCUGAACUGCUUCACGUGCUGCAUUUGCCGGAAGCAGAUCAGCACCGGCGAGCAGCUGUACGUGCUGGACGACAAUAAGUUCAUCUGCAAGGACGACUACAUCCUCGGCAAAGGACCCCACCCGAUGACAGACUCCCUCAUGGGUUCGGCCUCAGAAGACGAAGACGAGGAGGACCAGAUGAGGCCCGGCGUGCUGGCCGGUCUGGUUGGCGGUGGUACCGGUGCGGCAGGACUCCACCACGGCGAUGGACCGCUCGGCGCGUCCGACCUGUCGGUGCAGAGCAUGAGCACCGACAGCAAGACGGGCCACGACGACUCCGACCAGGGCUCGCUCGACGGCGAUCCGGACUGCCGAGGGGACUCGCAGGCGGAGAACAAGAGCCCGGACGACGGCGGAGGCUCGAAGCGGAGAGGACCCCGGACCACGAUCAAAGCCAAACAGCUCGAGGUGCUGAAGAACGCAUUUAGUCAAACACCAAAACCCACUAGACACAUAAGGGAACAGCUGGCCAAGGAGACGGGACUGCCGAUGCGGGUGAUACAGGUUUGGUUUCAGAACAAACGCUCGAAAGAGCGGCGGCUAAAGCAGCUCACCAGCAUGGGCCGGGGGCCGUUCUUCGGCGGGGCACGGAAGAUGCGCGGCUUCCCGAUGAACCUGUCGCCCGGCGGCCUCGACGAGCCCGGCUUCCCGUACUUCGCGACGGACGGCAAGUUCGACUUCGGCUACGGUGGCCCUCCGUUCCAUCCGCACGAUGCGCCCUUCUUCGGCGGCCAUCCGGGCGCUGGCCCGAUGCCCUUCGGCGGACCCGGAGGACCCAUGGAUCACCCGGGACCGAUCCCAAUGGUAGGCGACUUCGGCAUGGCGGGCCCGGACGGUGGCCCCGGCAUGAUGGGACCGGGUGGGCCCGGCGGCGGACCCGGUGGGCCGGGUGGAGGCGGUGGCGGACCAGGUGGCGGAGGACCCGGCGGCUUCAUGGGGCAGCAACCACCGGGCGGACCGGGAAGCAACCAGCAACAGCAGCAGCAGGGACCCCACGGGGGACCGGACGGGGUCGGUGGGAUGCUGGGCGGAGGGCCGCGGCCUGGUGGCGGUGGCAGCCCGGUCGAGUUCCUGACGUCCGGCAAUUUCUCCGAGUCGCAAAACAUGCAGAACGAGGGACUUGUGUGGUAAGUGGGACUCGCAGGAAGAGCAGGAAGAAG